AAAAACUUUUACAUAAAAACGAUAGAUACGAAGAGUAUGUUCCGGGGUCAAUAUGUCGUCUCGAUUGAAUCUAUCGUCAUUAUUUGGGGUCAUUAAUUUAUAUAAAGAAGGGAUAAUCGCACGUUUAUAUAUACAUUUAAACCCCUUGUUUUACCCAAAGGACUUAUUGUCUAUUCGAAAAUUAGCUAACAACUAGAGCUCCGUUCAUUACACCAAUAAAUACUCUAAUAAAAUUAAAGUACCGCAUUAAAGUUUUCUCGUUAUUUAUAUAUUAAGUGUUUAAUAGACAGGCAGUCAAUUAAAUUAAUUUAAACAACAAUGAGCAAAUUGGGAGCUUUAGCCGACAAUUCAUUGUCGAUAAUGGACGGGAUCAAGAUUUAUAGUAACCCUGUUUCGAAAAAAAAAGUUAUUGAUUCUAAUAAAAUUAAAAAUAAUUCAAACGCUUGGGCUGGUGUUCAAUUGAAUCCUGUCUCCAAGCACGAUGACAAUUUUGACAAAUAUGAAAUCGGAGCUUACGGUUACGGAAAAAACAACGUCAAAUUAUUAUACGUAAAACGCGAAAACGCAUACCGCCAUGAGAUCCGCGAGUAUGAAGUUGACACUCACCUGCGAUUGGGAAGUCAAAAAGACUAUUUAGAGGGGGACAAUCGUGACAUAAUAGCGACAGACAGCCAAAAAAAUACUGUGUACAUACUCGCAAAAAAGUACGGAAUAAAAUCCCCAGAAGAGUUUGGAAUUUUACUGUGCGCCCAUUACCUCUACACUUACAAGCACGUCGAGGAGGUUCAUGUAAACAUUGAAGAGUACCCGUGGAUGCGUCAUGCUGUUAAUGGAGUUCCCCACAACCACGCUUUCAUUUUCAAUCCUUUAGCCACGAGAUAUUGUCACGUUACACAACUCAGAAAUGAGUCGCCUAGAAUCCGCGGUGGCUUGAAAAACAUGCGAGUGUUGAAAACAACGCAGAGUUCAUUCGUUGAUUUCAUACAAGAUGACUAUCGAACUCUUCCCGAUGCCAAUGACAGAAUAUUUAGCACAGUUGUCACGGCGUCUUGGGACUUUUCGACUGCCAUAGACGUUAAUUUUGACAGUGUUUGGACUACUGUCAAAGAUUCUAUUUUGGAAAAAUUUGCAGGGUCUCCUUUGACGGGAAUUUCGUCACCCAGUGUGCAAAACACUCUCUAUUUAGCCGAAAAAUCUAUUUUAGACAAGGUUGAUCAGAUCAAGAGCAUUGAAAUGCGAAUGCCGAAUAAACAUUAUUUUGAUCUUGACAUGAGCAAAUUUCCGAAGCUGGUGGACGGAGAGAACAAAGAAGUGUAUCUGCCAGUUGACAAGCCCUCGGGAAUUAUUUAUGCGCAACUCAAUAGAAAAGAUCUUACCUCAAGGCUCUAGUCAGUGAAGUCUAAUGUUAUGUGAUGUAAAACAUUAAAAAUCGAGUUUUCGACAAAAAAAUACAACACAAAGAGAAGAUGUGAGAGAGCCCACGUUUCCGGAAAGGAGUAGAGAGGAAUCAUAUCAUGGAAAUACCUGUUUGAAGAGUGUUAUAACUUUUCUACAAUACUUUUUUUAUUUAUUUAAAUACCUCUUGGGUAACAACGGAUAUUUGUACACUCUUUUAUGGUAUUGACAGAGUGGUAAAAUAGAAAUUGUUUUAGUUGUAAGUGCAGUAUUUUCUGAAUCAUAUGUGAAUGUAUUUUAAUUAUUAAGCUUAUGUGUGAUAAUAAAUAUUUAUGAUAAUAAUUAA